AUUAUAUCUAUAAUUUAAAGGAACAAAAUCAGUAAUUGAUAACUUCAAAAAAUGGUCAACUCACUACUUGUGGAGAAUGGAUCUGUAAGAACUUGAGAUACUCACUAAGAGAUAUAACUUAGUGUAUCUUUGUUAACCAAAAAAAAAAAUGGUCAACUCAGCUCAACUUGCUGCUGAUGAUAAAAAUGGUUGUUUAACACUCUAAAUUCUGAAAGCGUGAAGUCCAAAUCAAUUAUAAAAGGAAUCCAUUGUCUUUGUCCUCAGUCCUAAGUUCUAACUCCUAAACUCUGUCUCCUCCAGAGAUAUUUUGACUUUAACCACAUUUUAUUCUCAGUUCUGGGUUGGAUUUUCUUUGGAUAGUUCAGUCAUGAAUCAAAGUGAUGAUGGGAAGUUUUUUCUGGUCAAACUCCUUGUUGCAAUUUCCAUUGUAAUCAUCUCAUCAGCUGCUGCUAUAUACUUCCGGAAGAGAAAGUCAAAAUCUUCACCCAAAGAUCAUCACUUUAAUGAUGUUCUUGUUCCAUCCUUAAAGAGAACUGAGUCUGGCCGUGUUGGGAAUCUGGAAAGAUUCUCUGAUUAUGUUGCAAGGCAAAUUGGGUUCAAAGAUGGAAGUGAGUGCCCUCAGUUAAGCAAGCUGGUGUAUGACUACUUGAAGAGGUCCAAAGGUUGGGAUGAGAAGAUGUUUGAGUAUUUUGCUAAUGAAGAAGAUCCAGGUUCUCUGUAUGUUAAGUUGGUUGAAGAACUGGAAAGAUGCAUUCUUGGAUAUUUUGCUUUUUUCUGGAGUCAAGCUUCUCUCAUGAUCACUCAGGUAUUGAGUGUGGAAACUGAGAAGAAAAGGCUUAAGAACUUGGUAAUGGCUGCAACAAGGGAGCAGAGAUUUGAAAGGAUCAGCAAGGAGCUAAAGAUGACUAGAGUAUUUUCGACACUACUUGAGGAGAUGAAAGCAAUCGGUGCUGUUCCAAAUGGGGAAUCGAAGUGUACAGAAGUGAUGGCUCCAGUGGCUCUUUGUGACAGAAGUCCUGUUCUCUUAUUUAUGGGCGGUGGAAUGGGAGCUGGCAAGAGCACGGUCCUCAAACAGAUUCUGAAAGAAUCAUUUUGGUCAGGAGCUGCAGCAAAUGCUGUGGUGGUAGAAGCAGAUGCUUUCAAGGAGACUGAUGUUCUUUACAGAGCGCUUAGUUCAAAAGGCCAUCACAGUGACAUGCUUCAAACUGCUGAGUUGGUGCACCAAUCUUCCACUGAUGCUGCAUCGUCGCUCCUAGUAACUGCUCUUAACGAGGGUCGUGAUGUAAUUAUGGAUGGUACGUUGUCAUGGGUUCCCUUCGUAGAGCAGACUAUCAGAAUGGCAAGAGAUGUCCACAAGAAUCGCUACCGAAUGGGAGUAGGAUAUCAGGUUGCAGAUGAUGGUAGUGUCACUGAGAAUUACUGGGAAAUAAAGGCUGAAGAAAAGGAAGUGCCCAUCAGAAAACCGUACAGGAUAGAGUUGGUUGGAGUAGUUUGUGAUCCUUAUCUGGCUGUCGUAAGAGGCAUCAGGAGAGCCAUACAAACUGGAAGGGCAGUAAGAGUGAAGGGGCAAUUGAAAUCCCACAAGAGAUUUGCACAGGCUUUCCCCCAUUACUGUCCGCUCGUGGAUAAUGCAAGGCUCUACUGCACAAAUUCCAUUGCUGAACCACCUAAGUUGAUAGCAUGGAAAGAUGGAAGCAGCAAUCUCCUGAUUGAUCCAGAAGAGUUCAACUGUUUGAAUGUGGUAAGCCAUGUGAAUGAUGAAGCCGAGUCCAUCUAUGAGCUUUACCAAGAGCCGGAAGACCUGAUAUUUCAACCUGGUGCCAUUUGGAAAGACGUAGUUUUGCUCCCCACAAGACCAACUCUCCAACAAGAACUCAAAACUGCCAUAGCCAGAAUUGAAAAUCCAACAUCAUAAAACCUUUUCCUCAUUUUUUGGGUUCCACUUUGUACCGAUUACAGAAUUUGAAUACUUCCAAAGUUGAGUUAGUAUAUUAUCAAUCAAUGGAUAAGAAUGCCAGGAAAUUGCAAGUCUAUUCGUCAAAAAGCUUGAGUUUUCAUAUUGCUACUGAACAGAAGAAUCAAUCAAAAGUACUAAAAACAGAUUCAAUCAAACAUAUAAGAUUAGAAAUUAGAGAUUUCCAUUGUCUGAAUUGAAAGCCAAGCAUCCAGGGAUAAACAUACCAUCAUUCUUUUUUAAUCUAGACAUCUUUUGCUAAUAUACUAAUCACUACCAAGCCAAGCCACAAUCUGAACACUAAAAACAAGCCUUAAUAAAAAGGGAAAAGGGGGAGGGGGAACGAAAAAUUCCUGACUUCCAAAGACCAAAUCAGAAGGAAUUUACAUCUUAAGAACUUUCUAACUCCAACCAAAGGGAAGCCCUCAUUUCUUCAUCUUCUUCGCCGGAGACUUUAGGCUCUUGGGCUUCACUACCUUCUUAGUCGGAGCCUUCUUCACUGGAGUUUUCUUCACAGCAGUCUUCUUCGCUGCAGCAGUCUUCUUAGGCUUCUUCUCCUUAUCAUCAGCACCGGCGGCUCUCUUCCUCUUUGGAGCUUCCUUCUUGGGGACGGCGGCGGCUGGCUUCUUCUCUGCAACCGGCUUCUUCUCCGGCUUAACUGGAGCAGCGAGCUUGUAAGAGUUCUUCACCUUUGUCAAUUUCCCAGAAGCCACAAACUUCUUCAACUGGAUGAACAAAAGCUUCUUGAAAUUCGGUGGCAAAUUCUUCCCUUCUUUGUCCUCAACGAACUUAGCAAUUGCUGGAACGCUUGAGCCAGUCCUUUCCUUCAACGUAGCAAUCGCUUCCUUAAUCAUCUGAAAAAAAAAACACACACACACACAAAAACCCAUUAAUUAAAAUCAAUCAAAAACGGAACCCAGAUACAAAAUCGGACGACAUCGAUGGGGAAAAUGUCAGAUCUAUACCUCAUAGUAAGGAGGAUGAGAACGGACUUUCUUUGAAGCAGCAGAAACAGGGGCUUUCUUCACUUUCUCUGCAGCGGCUUUGGUUUUAGUCACCGGAGACUUAGCAGGUUUUCCGGCGGCGGCGGUUCUAGCAGGACGAGCCAUUUUUGAAAAGAUUAAGAAUUUGAAAACGUUUGAAAUUUUUCUGGGGAUAAACGAUAGAGAGGGAAAAUGAAAAUGGAAGAGAUUUUCAGAUUUGAUUUGUGUUUGAGAAUUUCGUAAAGAAUCAUUUUAUAGAGGUGGAAUGAUAAAGGCGUUGCUGAAUUCUGAUUGGCUUAAAGCUUUCGUCAAGGAUUGUGAUCCGCAACUGAACUCAUUUGAAUAUUGUCCGUUGGAUUAUUUUUUAUCGACGGAUGGAAAUGGGUCUUGAGACAAUGACACGGAUCGAGGCUAAAGGAGAGUAAACGGAUGGGAAAAUUCGAGAAGUCGGACUUUUUUGGGAGUGUGCUUUUGUUCAUGAUUCUUAAUGAGAUAUCUUGGAGUAUAUUGAAUGAAAAUUCAUGAAAUUUGUUUUGGUUGGAAGAUUAUUGAGUUGUGAGUUUGAAAUUUGUUUUUAAUUUUCGAAAAGGUUAAGGUACGAUGGAGAAAUUUCGUCAAGUUUGGGGUUUGGUGUAGAUUGGUUCAUAGUGAAGUGUGUUUUUGGAGGUUGGGUCUCUAGUUGAUUUUUAGGGUAAUGAUUCUUGUAAAGUUAGAAGUUCGUAUCUAAUUUGGAUCUGUACUCGUGUGUUAUUCUUCAAUUGACAAUAGAUUUACAAAUUACAGAUUCAUUAUCACCAUAUCAAUGACUA